UUCCCUGGUGCUCCGCUUCCACUUUGCCUCCCCUCUAGUGUAUGAAAAAUUGAAAUAUCAAAAUGUGCAUAAAAAUGCAGUUUCCUUCUCACAUGUCUUUGGCAUUUACAGCUGCUGAGAAUUUUCUGGCACAACCUUCCAUGGCAUCUCUUCUCAGCGGCCAAGGACAAGCUGCUUUGGUGCAGCUGGAUCAGGUUCCAGUGUCUUUUGAGGAGGUGGCUGUGCGUUUCUCGGAGGAAGAGUGGGCGUUGCUGGGUCCUGCCCAACAAGCCCUGCAUUGGGAGGUCAUGGUAGAGAAUUACGGGAAUGUGGUCUCUCUCGUAGAUGAUGAGUGGAAAAGCAGGACUCUGGAAGAUCCAUGUAGUGAGUCCUUGGAAAGAGGCAAAUUUCUGGUAGUGGGCAAACAGAGAAGAGAAACAGGGAUGAAACCGGAGAAAGGGAGUACAUCUUUCCCUUCAGAAAGGGCAGAUGGUCACAAAAUAAUCCAUGAAAAAGUAGACACCAAGACAAAUGGGAGCCAAUGUCCCAUAUGUGGAAAAAAGUUCAGUCGCAAAUCCCAUCUUAACGAACACAACAGAAUCCACACUGGGGAAAAACCAUACCAGUGCUCUAAGUGUGGAAAAAGUUUCAGACGCAGUACCGAUCUGACGUCCCAUCAUCGAACCCACGCAGAUCAGCCAUUUAAAUGCUCUGAGUGCGGGAAGAGCUUUCGAGGGAGCUCAGACCUGCGUUCGCACAAGCGAAUCCAUACUGGAGAGAAACCUUAUACGUGUUCCUUGUGUGGGAAGAGCUUCAGCCACAGCAUCAGCUUUAAUUCUCACCAGAGAAUCCACACAGGGGAGCAACCAUUUAAAUGUUCAGUGUGCGGGAAAAGCUUCACGCGGAAUACCGGCCUGACGCUGCACCAGCGAAUCCACACAGGGGAGAAACCUUACACGUGUUCCUUGUGUGGGAAGAGUUUCAGUCACAGCAAAAGUCAUGCCAUCCACUUGAAAGUGCACACAGGAGAAAAACCAUACACAUGUUUGGAGUGUGGGAAAAGCUUCAUAGGAAGUUCCUACCUUAAAUCGCAUCAAAGAAUCCACACAGGGGAGAAACCUUAUAUGUGCACUGUGUGUGGGAAAAACUUCAGAUGGAGCACAAACUUCAAUGAACAUAAAAAGAUUCACACAGGCGAGAAUGCAGUAGACCCCAGAAACUCCUGAAUUGUAGAAGGAACUUGCAGUAGGUCACAGAUCUUCCUCUCAGGAGAUUUGCUCCCAGGAGAAAGCAUAUACAGUAUGUAGAAUAAUACUUUUCAAACAAAACUGUACUAAAUAGGGAGUCCACAGAGGAGAAAGAGUGUAGAUAUGCUCAAAAUGUGGCAGAAAUCUCCAUCAACAUACAAAUUAUGUUCCAAAAGGUGCAAGAGAUUACAAAUAAGUAGGAGUGUUUUAAAAUUCUGGACACUCAGUAAUCACCAGCAUAAAAUAGAAGUUUUCCA